GGACCACGUGCACUCUCCUUUUUAUGUUGUUCAUUUAAUAGUUGUUUGUAUAAAAAUUUCAUUCCGAAAAAGUGAAAGUUCGAAAGAAUUGGAUUAAAUUCCCCAAUCACGCACGAUCAUGAGAUGUAGAUAAACAGAAGCAGCAUGGCGAAGGCUUCUUCUUCCCUACCUUCUCUGUGUAACCUUGUACAGCCAUCUACCAUAAAGAUCCGUUGUAGUACUCGUCUUCGUAGGAUCAUGCAAGUAAGAGCUCAGAGCUUAGAUGAAGAAGGUGGAUCAAGGAAUAUUGUGGAUGCAAAUUUGAGUGUGUUAAGAGAGAAGAUGGAAGUCCUUAAGAUGAGGGGGAGACUUGAGAAAUAUUGUGGCAAAAGGCAACAAAAUGGUUGGAAUUAUUUACCAGGAUAUAAUUGCAAACUCAGAAGAGCAAAAGAGGUAUCGACGUUCUUUGAGCUCAUACGUUUGGUGGGCGUGACUCUUGGUUUUACCUGUUUUACUGCUACAUUCUGCCUUGUCCUGGUAUCAAUCUUGGUUCAUUUGAAUCAAUGGUAAUGCUAUAUGUAUGGAUGAAAUACGUUUGUGUUUGGAUAAAAAAAGGGUAAAUUACAUUUUACUACAUCAA